AUGAGUAACUUAGUGAGAGAAAGAGUGAAAAACACCCUGUCCGGCCUCCCAGCUCUCUCUUUUCCUGCUGUGGCAACCCCAGAAGACCAGCUGAGUCAGCAUUAUGACAAUUUCGUGCCUCUUUCCAAGCCCGGGUCUCUUAGUAACCAUGUGGCACUGGGUUCCUCCUUGCCCUAUUUCAGAUACAUACUUUCAGAUGAGAUGUUGUCCACCAUCUACAAGAUCUGGGAGAUGACACAGGGGCUGUGCCUGGAGGUGGAGGGGAGGAUGGUCAGGAGGACAGAGGGCAACACUGAUGACGUGCUCAUUGGUGGAAACACCUCCACAGGAGGCCCUGAGGGUGAGGGUACAGAAAGCCCAGUCACCACUGGUGGUGAUACUGUCCUGAACCAUCACUCGGAAACCAGCUGCACCAAAGAAGCCUACAAGAAGCACGUCAAAGAUUACAUCAAAUCAGUCAAAGGCAAACUUGAAGAACAGCAGCCAGAAAGAGUAAAACCGUUUAUGACAGGGGCUGCACAACACAUCAAGCACAUCCUUUCCAAUGUAGACAUUCCUGGUCAGAAGACUCUCCUUCAAAUGAUGACUCAGGAAUCCAGUUUCCAAUCAUCUAGUGGCUGUGUGUCUGGAUGGCUGAUUAAGAAAAAGAGCAUGCAGAAGGAUAAGGAAAAAUGA